AUGUCUUCUACCACUAAUUAUCUUGUCACUGGUGCCAAUCGAGGUCUUGGAAAGGGUCUCGUAUCUGCUUAUUUGGCCCGACCAAACAGUAUUGUCAUCGCAGCAGUCCGCGAUGUUUCUUCCGCCAGCGCAAAGGCUCUCAACGACCUCCCCAAAGGAGCCUCCAGCAAACUUAUCAUUGUGAAGAUCGAUAGUCUUGACGAAGGCUCUCCUGCUACUGCGAUCAAAUCUCUCCAAGUCGACUACGCAAUUGCUCACCUAAAUGUGGUGAUCGCCAAUGCCGGUAUUUUGAACGACUAUUCUACCGUUGCAACAGUUCCUCUCGCGGCCGUCAAAGAACAUACCGCCGUCAACUCUUACGGCCCACUAUUACUUUUCCAAGCCACUCUGCCAUUGCUUGAGAAGUCUGAGAAGCCAAAGUUCAUCUCAAUCGGCUCACCCAUGUCUUCCAUUGGUGGCAUCGAGUCUCGACCAUUCGCCAUGGCUGCUUAUUCCGCAUCGAAGCUGUUCUUACAUUGGUUCACCAAGAAGAUUGCUCAAGAGCAUCCCGGUCUUAUCUCGGUCGUGCUUGACCCUGGUUUUGUUCAGACUGAUAUGGGAAAUGCUGGUGCCAAGAGGGUCGGUAUGGAAGAGGCCAGUACUACGAUUGCCGACAGUGUUGAUUUCCUGGUCACAACAAUUGAUGGCGCUACAAAAGAAACAUCUGGUCAUUUCCGAACCAUUGAGGGCGGUGACUUCUUGUGGUAA